UUAAGUUAGUUUUUUUUUAGUAAGUCAUCUUAUUUUCAAAGAUGAAGCCAGUAAAGUCGGUAUUCCUGAAGACUUACAGUAAGCAGACACGAAAGCUGUCCACCUGGUUAUCACCUGAAGACCGUAAACAGGCUUUCGACAGCAGCAGCCUGUCAACAGAUGGAGACGUGUCAUUGUUUGAACCCAGAAACAAUACGAGGAUACGUGAGAGGAUGACGAGUGUUGCCAGUCAUAGAGUGAUGCGGCCUGCGAAGAAGAAGGCCAUGCUGAGUCUGUACAAGAAGAGCAGUGAUGAGGAGAAUGUCCUGCCUCGUUCCUAUCCUCAGCCUGAGCAGAGCAAGACAACCAGGGCAAAGAAGACAACCGUUUCCAGAGGGAGAGGCCGUCCUGCCAAGAGAAAAGCCCCGCUGUGUCUGACGGAGACCAGCAGUGACGAGGAGAACAGCCGCAGGCCGUCUCCUCUCCGUCCUCAGCCUGCUAAGCAGAGCACGACGGCUAGGAGAAGCCGCCUCGUGUCCAUGCCAGGAGUUACGAUGAGAGCGAAAGGAAAGCAAGUACAAAUGACCAGCGAGAGUGAGGAGCUCUCUGUAUCCGCUGGAACCGGUCACAAAAGCUCUCAAGAAAUGUCGAGAGACUUUAAUGUUCAUCCUCCCUCGGUGAGCCGCUUUGUAACUCGCCGCAGAGGUGCCGUCGCUGCCAAACCCAAAGGCCUUCUGGUAACAUCAAGCAUACUCAACUCCUCCGAUGACUUUGCCUCCGGAGCCUUUGGAUCCAGUAGGUUUCCUCAUCCUUCCAGGAGGAGGAGGGGGACAAGAGUCCCUCCAGCAUAUCUGGUGUCAAGUGCGGAGAACUCGAUGAACGCUGCGGGGGCCGUCAGCUUUGCCACCGCCCCCUUCCGAGAGAUCUCCCUGAAUGAGUCUGCAGAUCAGAGCCUGGGACCCUGCUCCAGGAAACCCAUGUUCUGCUCUACACCGUCCGCAGCCCCCAUCAGCAACCGCCCAUUCCCUCAUCCCUCAUUGAUAAACGAUCAAUGCUCCUCUCCUCCAUCUAUGUCAGCAAGCCUUGUAGAAGUCAUGAGUGCAUUCCAGGAAGAGCUGUGUUCACCAGACAAGCCCGCCCCCUCUGGAAGCUCUGCACUACCCGUUGGGCUUCAUUCAGAGGCAAAGCUGCAUUCAAGCCUGGAGGAAAAGAAACCUUCUGUUGAUUUAUUUACGGAGCCCAACAAUAGUAGUUGUAGUAAAGAAUCCAGGAGCCACGGUGAAGACACAAAACAUCAAAGUGCUGGGGAAUCAUUAACAAGUCUGAUUCUGCUCUCUGCAGAUGACAGUGAGCGCAGCAGCCUUUUUGUGUCAGCAUCAGGAGGAUUGGAGUGGCUGGUACAGGCUCUGAAGGAGAGUUGUUUGACCGAGUGCUGCACAGUGCAGCUGCAAAGACUGGACUUACUCACCGUGACUCAGCUUUGCAGCCAAACAACCUACUCGUCCUGUUUGGAACAGUCCGGCUCAGUCCACCAAACAAAUGAGAAACCGCUCUCUGUGCAGCGCGUUCGAACAGCACUUCAUGGAUUAUCUGAAACAAACGAGGAAAACACGGAUUGUUUGCAUUCGGUCAAAAGUUUAGAGUCAUCUACACACGCGGUGUCAGUGACCGACGGUCAAAGCAUCAACGAUUCAUCGUCAGUGGAUUGUAAGCAGUCAGCUGAGACCUCGUCCUCAAGAGAAAGUCUCGCAGAGCAGUCAGCAUCCGACCACCACGCAGACAGCAGCAUUGAGUUCAUAAAGGGCACACAGUUACCACCAUCAAUCAGCCCUGUGCAAACACAGUUUACCGCAAGAAAGGACAAAAGUCUUACUAAGGAAUGCACAGUUCAGCUCCAAAAAUGUGCUCUAUCACCAGUGAAUGUUCAGCAGCUUAAAGAGUGCAUGAAGCAGAACGAUGCCAAUUUGGCUCUAAAUGCAAACAGAUCAGAGAAUAACCCCGAAGAUCUCUCAUGUUCAGAAGAGAUGAUCGAGACAAUGAUGGCGUCUGUUAGACGGUCAAGAAACAGCAGCAGUUCAGGAGCCCAGACGUGGUCUAAAGACACGGAGAGAGACGAGCAGAGCGCUUCUCUCACAGCAAUGCUAAAGCAGGACUGUCGAACGGAUAAAGUCGUCGUUGGCUUGAAGAGAUUAACUUUAUCACAACUGAAGGAAAUCCUCCAGCCCCAAGUCCAACCGCUUGAAUCAGCCACGGACGUGUCAGACUCGGCCAGCGAUGACCAGGCAAAGAGCGACCAGCAGUCCGAGAGUGACGCUAAUCACAGCAAUGAAGAAACCUCGGGAGCGAAAGGGGAAAUAAGAGGCUCCUCCAGUUCUGAAGAGAAGAUGGCUUCAGACAAAGAAGAAGUUGUUCCCCACAGGAGAAAAAAGGCAUCUCAGGCUCCUAAACAGAAAAAAAGGAGGAGCACGUCUGCGGACCGACCUGGGACGACCAGGAAGGCGUGUGUCAGCGGUCUGAGCGUGAGCCGCUGGAAAAACAAAGGAAGCACGCACUUGUUCAGGAACAGUACGGCACAGACGGGUGGUAACAGAGCUGUGGACUGCAGCAUCAACGAGCUGAUCAACACACGACACAAGCCGCCAAAGGAGCUGUCGGGGACAAUGAACUUCUCCACCCCUGUGAGGGAAAAUCGGCUCAACCUCUCGUCUCUGCUGGCCGACUUGACACCCAACACACACACCUGGAGCCGCCUCAAAGCUGCCCUCUCUGUUCAUCGCAAGGGCAUGGUGUUUGUCACUCCGAGGAGUAUCCGCCUCUCCCUGUCAGGCUCUUCUAGAAGAGUGGAGCUGGCAGAUGUCAGCCAGGAUCUCUUUGCUACCCCCUUUCGGACACCCAGACGCCUCCAGUCACAUCUGAAGAGCUGCAGUUCUCUGGUCGUGUGUGAGGAAGCAGAUCUGUCGGAUGCAGAGAAGGUGUUCGCUGAGUGCGGCCAGUCCCGCCCUCUGCCCUGGGAGGAGUGUCUUCACCCUGAGCGGAUGAAAAAGUGUGUGAAGAUCGGAGAGGGGACUUUCGGGGAGGUCUUCUCCACCACCAACGCCGCAGGAGACACUGUCGCACUCAAAAUAAUUCCACUAGAGGGCAGUGAGAAGGUGAACGGAGAGGACCAGAAGACAUUCGGAGAGAUCCUCCAUGAGAUCAUUAUCUCAAAGGAGCUGAGCAGCCUGAAAGAGAAGCAGCACAACCAGACUCAUGGAUUUAUUGGACUGAACGAUCUCCACUGUGUGCAAGGCUGCUACCCUCCAGACUUCAUGAAUGCCUGGGACACCUUCAACCAGAAGAAAGGCUCUGAGAAUGACAGACCAGAUUUCUUUGAAAAGGAGCAGUUGUUUGUCAUUCUGGAGUUUGAGUUCGGCGGCAGCGACUUAGAGAACAGCAAUGGAACGUUGUCGUCUUUGGGGGUGGCAAAGAGCAUCCUGCACCAGGUGACUGCCGCCUUGGCUGUUGCUGAGCAGGAGCUGCGCUUCGAGCACAGAGACCUCCACUGGGGAAACGUCCUCGUCAAAACGACCAAGCAGAAGACGGGGAGCUUCCUGUUGAACGGAGCGGUCCACUCUCUGGAAACCAGAGGGGUGCUGGUCCGCGUCAUCGACUACUCUCUCUCCAGACUAGAGAUCGAUGAUCUGACCGUGUCCUGUGAUAUCUCCAAUGACGAGGAGCUUUUCAUGGGACAGGGGGAUUACCAGUUUGACAUCUACCGACUGAUGAGACGGGACAACGGAAACAACUGGAGCACAUACCGUCCUCACACCAACGUGCUGUGGCUCCACUACCUGUGCUCCAAGCUCCUCUCCAUGAAGUACCGCGGCAAAGGAGGGAGGGGCGGCAAGGACACGAGAGAGGAGCUCACUCGUUUCCACGACAACGUCCUCCAGUACGGCUCUGCCACCGAGGCGCUGCAGACCUGCCCCAUGUUUCAGUAACAAUGCGAGGCCUGUCCUUUCAUCUUUAGCCCCGCCCUUCAUCCUCAUUGACCUCCUGUCGUUAUCGAUCCUCUUGUGACACGACAGCGGGGAUGAAGGUCGCUUCAUGUACAGAGCACGCAGAACGCUUAUUAAAACGCUGUCUGAAAGUU